ACAAUUCGGCUUCAUCGCGUUGAAUUUGCCUGCCUUCAAAGCUGUUUACCUACGGUAACUUGCUCUGGUUGGAAGUGAACAUGUCUCAAGUUCAAAUACAGAAUCCUUCUGCAGCCCUUGCAGGGAAUCAAAUACUGAAUAAGAACCCCUCUCUCGCACAGCCUUUGAGUAUUCCUUCUACUACUAGUUCUUUGCCCUCUGAAAAUGCAGGCAGACCUAUCCAAAACUCUGCUUUACCCUCUGCAUCUGUUACAUCCACCAAUGCAGCUGCAGCUCCUUCUAACAUGGCAAACCCCAAAGAGAAAACCCCAAUGUGUCUUGUGAAUGAGUUAGCCCGUUUCAACAAGAUUCAGCCUGAAUAUAAACUUCUAAGUGAGCAAGGUCCAGCUCAUUCAAAGGUGUUUACAGUGCAGUUGACUCUUGGGGACCAGCACUGGGAAGCUGAAGGAACUAGUAUUAAGAAAGCGCAACACGCCGCAGCUGCCAAAGCUCUGGAAGGGACAAAAUUCCCUAAACCYACAGCUCGUCCAUCUCGUAGCGAAGGAAAAAACCCAGACAGUGUAACCCCCACAGUGGAGCUAAAUGCACUUUGCAUGAAGCUGGGAAAGAAACCUAUAUACAAACCUAUUGAUCCUUAUACAGGGAUGAGAUCCACUUACAACUAUACCAUGCGAGGUGGUGCUUAUCCUCCACGGUACUUUUACCCAUUUCCUGUUGGACCUUUACUUUAUCAAGUUGAGCUUUCAAUUGGAGGGCAGCAGUUUCAUGGGAAAGGAAGAACAAGACAAGCUGCUAAACAUGAUGCAGCUGCUAAAGCACUGAAAGUUCUGCAGAAUGAGCCCUUGCCUGAGAAACCAGAGGUUAACGGAAAAGAACCAGAUGAUGAAAAUCUCAAUAAAUCUGAAAUAAGCCAAGUUUUUGAGAUUGCACUUAAAAGGAACUUGCCUGUGAAUUUUGAGUUUUUCCCUCUGAAACAGGUGACUAAGGAAAGUGGUCCUCCCCAUAUGAAGAGCUUUGUAACCAAGGUGUCAGUAGGAGAAUUCAUGGGUGAAGGUGAAGGAAAGAGCAAGAAGAUCUCUAAGAAAAAUGCUGCAAUAGCAGUCCUAGAAGAACUGAAAAAAUUGCCACCCCUUCCUACAGUUGAGAAAAUGAAGCCACGAAUCAAAAAGAAAACAAAAUCAAUAGUGAAGCUGCAAACAAGUCCAGAAUAUGGUCAAGGAAUGAAUCCUAUUAGCAGACUUGCCCAGAUACAGCAGGCCAAGAAAGAGAAGGAACCAGAGUACAUGCUCAUCACAGAACGUGGUCUUCCAAGGCGCAGGGAGUUUGUUAUGCAGGUGAAAGUUGGUGUACACACAGCUGAAGGAAUGGGCACGAACAAAAAAGUUGCUAAACGCAAUGCAGCUGAAAAUAUGUUGGAACUUCUAGGUUUCAAAGUCCCUCAACCUCAGCCUCCAAAGCCAGCAUUAAAGACAGAAGAGAAGACACCACUGAAGAAAACAGGUGAUGGACGAAAAGUAACCUUUUUUGAGCCAGGUUCUGAAGAGACUUCAUCUAGUAGUAAAGACGACGAGUUUAGGAUGCCUUAUCUCAGCCAUCAGCAGCUUCCCGCUGGAAUUCUUCCCAUGGUCCCCGAGGUUGCACAAGCUGUAGGAGCCAAUCAAGGACACCACACCAAAGAGUUCAGUAGGGCAGCCCCAAAUCCUGCCAAGGCUACAGUAACAGCAAUGAUUGCUAGAGAGCUACUGUAUGGUGGUACUUCUCCUACUGCUGAGACCAUAUUGAAAAAUAGCAACUCGUCAGGCCACGUACCCCACGGACCACUUACUAGGCCCUCUGAGCAGCUGGACUUUCUUUCCAAUGUUCAAGGAAUCCAGGUUGAAUACAAAGACUUUCCAAAAAAUAACAAGAAUGAGUUUGUAUCUCUUAUAAACUGUUCCUCUCAGCCACCACUGAUCAGCCAUGGAAUUGGAAAGGACGUAGAAUCUUGCCACGACAUGGCUGCAUUGAACAUUUUAAAGUUGCUGUCUGAGUUGGACCAACAAACCACAGAGAUGCCAAGAACAGGAAAUGGACCAAUGUCUGUAUGUGUGAAACAAGAAAUGGAAAGUGACCCUCUUCUCAAACCGGCUAACUCAAACACUUUGGGACAAACACUGGACAGCACUGCCUAAAAAGGCUUUUGACUGGACCCAUACGUGAAAGCACCAGAGAAAAUCAAAUGCUUCCUAUUAAUGUAACCUAACUGUUUUAGAGUGCUACAGUCUUUACAACCUACUGUAGUGUCUAAAUCAUAACCGUUGCUUUUUCUUCAAACAGUGAUAAAUUUUUAGUUUCAUUAUGUUGUUUUGAUUGAAAUGACACUAUAAAAUUUUCAUUUAAAAGUUUCUUAAUUGUAUCUAGAACAAUAGCACAGUUUAGAAACUUUGUCUUCUGAGACUGACAUGUUAUCUGUGAACUAACUUGGGAAGAUCAUAUCCAUGUAUGUGGUUAUUUUGUUUUUAUUGAAAUAGCAAUGUUUCACUGGAAACAAAUUGUGUGCCCAUCAUUUUUAAAAGUUCAAUAUUUCCACAAAUCUAGCUUAUUUUUCCAACGGUUGAAUGAAUUACAACACUUUAGGAAUUUUAAACUUUGAUCAUUUCU